UGGAACGCGCUUGUGCGGAUCAUGUCCUACCUGAACUUCACGAAGGACUUCGGCAUCACCUACGUACGGGGGUCAGGACUAGACCAAAGCGUAUUUGCCGAUGCCAGCUACGCUGACAACGAAGUAGACAGGCGUUCUACGACCGGGCUAGCUAGCGUGAAGGAGGCGUUGUUUGUGCGUGGCGUUCUGUCGUUCAUAGCGCCCGAGACGAGUGGGGCGAAGAUCAAGGUCCUUGAGGACAACAAGGGGGCUCUCGCCUUAAUCGAGAACCCGUUCAGCUCAGCGAGGAGCAAGCACAUCGACGUGCGGUUCCAUUUCAUUCGCGAGCUAUUCAAGUCGGGCAAGAUCACUGCAGAGUAUGUUCCGACUGGAGAGCAGCACGCCGACAUGCUGACCAAGGCCCUUGGCAGAGAGAAGUGA